CAAUUACAGUUUCUUAGUCUCUUAACAAUAAAAGAUGAAACUCUCAAAAUUCUUGGAACCAGCCUUCGUGUGAAAAUUUCGUGAAAUAAAAUAAAGUGGAAUGGUGGAGUGCAUGGGAUCGCAAAAAUUUGUUUCGAUAGAAAUUUGACACACAGGGGCAGCAACGGGAGCAUCUCAAGAAUAAAAAAAAGCGAUAGUGUAUAGUUCAACAAAGUAACCACCUGUAAUCACGUGAGUCAACUGUGCUGUGUGAUCUGUUUCGUUAUCAGUCGACGGUGUGUGGUCCUAGAAGCGUCUACAGUUUUCGUUGCUGAUUAAAAUGGCUCUGACAAUAAUUGAGCUGAAGUUUAUGUCGAUGUUCACAAUCGGUGUGACGAGUUUUAUUGUUGGACUCAUCCCAGGAUGUUUAUUCAAUCGGGGAAGAUCUUUGCAGAGGAGAUUGUACUUAUCAGCUCUCUUGUGUUUCGGUGGCGGAGUACUUCUAGGCACAUCAAUGCUCCACAUGCUGCCAGAAGCAAAAGAGGAUUUGCCAGAUUAUGGAGAACUCGUAUUUUGCUGUGGAUUUUUACUUCUUUAUCUUGUUGAUGAGAUUGCACAUUAUUUUCUUAUGACGAGCGAUGGAGCCGGGCAUAGUCAUGGACACGACGAAUAUUCCCAGAACUACGCGCCAACACGUAGAUCCUCUUACCAAAACUGCCAUGAGGGUUUCCUCCAUCGGAAUCCCGAGUUCGAGCCAAAUGUACUCAGUACUCACAGUAAUUUUUUCGCGAGGAAGAAAAGUACUCACCAAUAUGGGACCGUACCCAGUGCUCCUCAGACUGGCGACGAAGAGGAGUCAUUCUUGUGUCAUGGACCACACGUAGAGCCCUGCGCCAAUUCCAGUACCUCUCACAUUGCACUUGCCCUAGCUCUAACAAUUCACUCGAUCUUGGAGGGACUUGCCAUUGGUUUACAGAAGGAAAUUGACGAAGUUUUUCUUCUGAUUGGGGCUGUGGUGUCGCAUAAAUUAGUUAUGGCUUUCUGUUUGGGUCUGGAGCUUGCAGAAUCUGCGAGUACUGUUUGUAGAUACACUUCUGCGAUGCUGUUCUUCGCCGGAGGUUCAUCUUUAGGAAUUGGCUUAGGGAUGUUAGCAUUCAGUCUGGAAACUGCGUCGGGAAAGAUCAUUCUGUCAGUUUUACAAGGCCUGGCUGGUGGGACUCUCCUCUACGUAACUGUGAGCGAAGUCUUACCUCGCGAGAGGGCACGAUGGCAUAAUAGUCCCAGAAGCUCACCUGGACUCGUCCAAUUCUUCUCAACAGCAUUUGGCUUCGUUGGAAUAUUCUUUAUUAAUAAAUACUUAGAAAUCCAUCAUUGAUGAUUGCCACUCCAAUGCCUCCACUUUACAAAACAAUAAAAAUACUUGAAGUUGCUGUCAUUCAGUAAUUUCGCCAUAAAAAAAUUGUUAGGGAAUUACACAAUGUAGGAUUUAAUUCAUUGUUUUGAUGGUAUAUUGAGGAUCACAUCCGCCGCCCUCUCCGCUAUAGCAAUUAUCACGGAAUUAGGCGUUCCAGAUAUUGGAGUGGGCAGGAUACUCCCAUCAACGAUUCUUAGUUUUUUUAUACCGUUCACCCUGGAAAAGAACCCCUCGCAGUAAUUAUUUCAACUUGCAUAAUGUCCUCAAAGUUAAUUAUAAAUACUAAAAGGAAAUUAUUUAUAAUAUAUUGUCGAGAAUUUUUUUUCCAACUGAAGAAAUGAGGGAGUAGGACAAUUUUGUCCGAAGAUCUAGAAUAAAUGAGAAUUCAGGAAAGGAAA